AGUUUGGUGCUCUGGUUGUCACAUGUUGGAAGGUCGUAGAACAGAACAUACUCUCCGUGGUUUUCUAUCUGUUCUGGGGUGCAGCGAUUAACAUUGAACUUUGGUUCCUGUAACUCUUGCCUGUGUCGAUAGAGUUAAGCUGGAUCUCUGCUUUGAAGGAUAAAUAAAGCACAGCCUCUCAACUGGACAUAAAUGGAUCUAAAGACAGCAGUAUUUAAUGCAGCUCGGGAUGGCAAACUCCGGCUUCUCACCAAGUUGUUGGCAAGCAAAUCCAAAGAGGAGGUUUCCUCCUUGAUCUCUGAAAAAACAAACGGGGCCACGCCACUCUUGAUGGCCGCCAGGUAUGGGCACCUUGACAUGGUGGAAUUCCUCCUAGAGCAAUGUAGUGCCUCCAUAGAAGUCGGGGGCUCCGUCAAUUUUGAUGGCGAAACCAUUGAGGGGGCCCCCCCUUUAUGGGCCGCUUCUGCAGCAGGACAUCUGAAGGUAGUCCAGUCUUUGUUAAAUCAUGGAGCAUCUGUCAACAACACGACUUUAACCAAUUCAACUCCUCUUCGCGCUGCGUGUUUUGAUGGCCACUUGGAAAUAGUGAAGUACCUUGUAGAACACAAAGCUGAUUUGGAAGUUUCAAACCGACAUGGGCAUACGUGCUUGAUGAUUUCAUGUUACAAAGGUCAUAAGGAGAUUGCUCAGUAUUUACUUGAAAAGGGGGCAGAUGUUAAUAGAAAAAGUGUUAAAGGUAAUACAGCAUUGCAUGAUUGUGCAGAAUCUGGAAGUUUGGACAUCAUGAAGAUGCUUCUUAUGUAUUGUGCCAAGAUGGAAAAGGAUGGUUAUGGAAUGACUCCCCUUCUCUCAGCAAGUGUGACUGGUCACACAAAUAUUGUGGAUUUUCUGACACAUCAUGCACAGACCAGCAAGACAGAACGUAUCAAUGCUCUAGAGCUUCUGGGAGCUACAUUUGUAGACAAAAAAAGAGAUCUACUUGGGGCUUUGAAAUACUGGAAAAAGGCAAUGAACAUGAGGUACAGUGACAGGACUAAUAUAAUUAGUAAACCAGUACCACAGACACUAAUAAUGGCUUAUGAUUAUGCCAAGGAGGUAAACAGUGCAGAAGAGUUAGAAGGUCUUAUUGCUGAUCCUGAUGAGAUGAGAAUGCAGGCACUGUUAAUUAGAGAACGUAUUCUUGGUCCUUCUCAUCCUGAUACCUCUUACUAUAUUAGAUAUAGAGGCGCUGUCUAUGCAGACUCUGGAAAUUUCAAACGAUGCAUCAACCUAUGGAAGUACGCUUUGGAUAUGCAGCAGAACAAUUUGGACCCUUUAAGCCCAAUGACCGCCAGCAGCUUAUUAUCUUUUGCAGAACUGUUCUCCUUUAUGCUACAGGAUAGGGCUAAAGGUCUUCUGGGAACUACUGUUACAUUUGAUGAUCUUAUGGGCAUACUGUGCAAAAGCGUCCUUGAAAUAGAGCGAGCUAUCAAACAAACUCAGUGUCCAGCUGAUCCAUUACAGUUAAAUAAGGCUCUUUCCAUCAUUUUGCACUUAAUUUGCUUGUUAGAAAAAGUUCCUUGUACUGUAGAACAGGACCAUUUCAAAAAGCAGACUAUAUACAGGUUUCUUAAGCUGCAUCCGAGGGGAAAGAAUAACUUCAGCCCUCUUCAUCUGGCUGUGGACAAGAAUACUACAUGUGUAGGGCGUUAUCCUGUUUGUAAAUUUCCAUCACUGCAAGUUACUGCAAUACUGAUAGAAUGUGGUGCUGAUGUGAAUGUCAGAGACUCCGAUGACAACAGUCCCCUACAUAUCGCUGCUCUUAACAACCAUCCAGACAUCAUGAAUCUCCUUAUUAAAUCAGGUGCACAUUUUGAUGCCACAAACUUGCACAAACAAACUGCUAGUGACUUGCUGGACGAGAAGGAAAUAGCUAAAAAUUUGAUUCAGCCCAUAAAUCAUACCACAUUGCAGUGUCUUGCUGCUCGUGUCAUAGUGAAUCAUAGAAUAUAUUAUAAAGGGCACAUCCCAGAAAAGCUAGAGACCUUUGUUUCACUUCAUAGAUGAUAAUUUGACUGUAUUUUAGCACUGUUAAAGCACGAAUUGGUAACAGUUGUUUCAUGAAUGAGCACUGUUGUGAUAACACCAGCAUUCAUUUAGCUUGAUAUCAUCGUGCUCUCAUUGGCUAAAACAUUAUAAGCAUCAAAUUUACAAGAUUGGUUUCCCAGUAUUUAAUAUAUAUAUAUAUACCAUAUAAUAUAUUGUUUGUGAAUUAUUGAGAAAUGUAUUGUCGUAUUCAAAUUUCUAAAAUUGUCUGCCAAAGGCUUAUUCAUUCUGGUUUUGUUUGCUGUUGGGUGUUUGGGACAAAGUUAACCAUUUUUCAGUGGUGUCUUAAUACUUUACUGGUUUGUGAAUUUUAUACAGUUGAAGGUCUUUUUUUUUUUCCCUGCUUCUUUCUUCUCUCCUCCAAACUUCUUCCCUGUUUCCACUUUAUUUUUUUCUAACCAUUUCUACUACAGUUUCCCCCUCUUACCAACCCAUGCUAGGUUGUAUAAACUUUAUGAACUUGUUACCAUUUGCAGUUACCAUAAGUGCUUUAUCUUCUCUAUGCACCGGCUUAAACUUGACUGUUGUAUGUUAGCAUAUUUUCUAUGCAGCAGUUGGUCAACUUCAACUCAAAACAGUUUUCUUAAGUUUGUUACAAAUUUCAUUUUAUGAAAGUACUCUUAUAGCAUGACAUUUUUAGAGCUGCAGGUUAGCUAUCUUAGCUCAAGCUUUUUUGUUUGUUUUUUCUUAACUUUUGAGGUUUCUUUCUCUAACCCACUGAAAUUAUUGUGUGCUAAAUUUGGGAAACAAAUCUAUUUUAACUCAUUAACCCAGUUGAAAUUUAGGUCUGUCAUCUUAAUAUAUCAUGCAGUAAAAGGAAGAAUCCUUCCAAAGUGACCCACCUUUCAUGCUGCUCCAGCAUUGUCCUGCUUGUGCUGAUGGUGUGACUAGGUGUAGAGAAUUUGCUUAAAUUUAACUUCCAAGUUUAUCACACAGCUUAACAAAUCACAUUGAAAUAUUCAGUAAUUGAACUGCAAAUCACUUUUAGUUACAAAAAGAGCUGAAGCAUGUCAGUGGCAUGAUGCUUGCCAAGCCAGAUCUAGGCAUCUAAGAUAAUUAAGGUAUUUUAGUAUGCAAUUUACUGCCAUAGUAUCAAAGGUCAGUAACAGUGUUCUUUCUUUCUUCAAGCUUAUGUAUACCUUUAAAAAUAACUUGCAUGAAUUACUUUGGUCUCAAUUAUUUGUUACCCUAGUUAAACACAAAAGGUUGCAGUGCUUCUCUCUCUCUUUUCUUUCUCUCCUCUCUUUCUGUCUCAGAUUUGCUAAUGCCACAGAAAGGGCUCUUUUAACUUAAGAUAAGUGAAAAGUACUAAAAACGAUUCAGGUAAUUAUCAUGCAGCACUUUAUUGUAAUUCAGAAUAAAAUUUAUGAUGGCAUAUUUGCCCUACAAAUGUCUUAAUGAAAUUGUUCUGAAUAAAAAGCUCCUUAUUGAUUUCAGAAAAA